CCGCUCGCCGUAGCGCCUUAGCCCGCUCGAGUUUCAAUACGCGUUGUUUGACGAAGCGGAGUCCUAUACACGGCCCGCUGCUCUCCUGAUCAUGGCUUCUCCGAGUUCCUUCACCUACUACUGCCCUCCAUCUUCUUCCCCUGUUUGGUCAGAGCCGCUGUACAGUCUGAGGCCCGAGCACGCGCGGGAGCGGUUGCAGGACGACUCGGUGGAAACAGUCACGUCCAUAGAACAGGCAAAAGUAGAAGAAAGGAUCCAAGAGGUCUUCAGUUCUUACAAGUUCAACCACCUUGUACCCAGGCUUAUUUUGCAGAGGGAGAAGCACUUCCAUUAUCUGAAAAGAGGCCUUCGACAGCUAACAGAUGCCUAUGAGUGUCUGGAUGCCAGCCGCCCAUGGCUCUGCUACUGGAUCCUGCACAGCUUGGAGCUGCUAGAGGAACCCAUCCCCCAGAUGGUGGCCACAGAUGUUUGUCAGUUCCUGGAGCUGUGUCAAAGUCCAGAAGGUGGCUUUGGAGGGGGCCCUGGCCAGUACCCACACCUGGCACCUACGUAUGCCGCUGUCAAUGCACUCUGCAUCAUUGGCACUGAGGAGGCGUAUGAUGUCAUUAACAGAGAGAAGCUUCUGCAGUACUUGUACUCACUCAAGCAACCUGAUGGUUCUUUUCUUAUGCAUGUUGGAGGUGAGGUGGAUGUGAGAAGUGCAUACUGUGCCACCUCGGUAGCUUCUCUGACCAACAUCAUCACUCCAGACCUCUUUGAGGGCACUGCUGAAUGGAUAGCAAGGUGUCAGAAUUGGGAAGGUGGAAUUGGCGGGGUGCCAGGGAUGGAAGCCCACGGUGGCUAUACUUUCUGUGGCCUGGCUGCACUGGUCAUCCUCAAGAAGGAACGCUCCUUGAACUUGAAGAGCUUAUUACAAUGGGUGACAAGCCGGCAGAUGCGGUUUGAAGGUGGAUUUCAGGGCCGCUGCAACAAGCUGGUGGACGGCUGCUACUCCUUCUGGCAGGCGGGACUCCUCCCCCUGCUCCACCGUGCACUGCACACUCAAGGUGACCCUGCCCUCAGCAUGAGCCACUGGAUGUUUCACCAGCAGGCCCUGCAGGAGUACAUCCUCAUGUGCUGCCAGUGCCCUGCCGGGGGGCUUCUGGAUAAGCCUGGCAAGUCGCGGGACUUCUACCACACCUGCUACUGCCUGAGUGGCCUGUCCAUAGCCCAGCACUUCGGCAGUGGAGCCAUGUUGCACGAUGUGGUCCUGGGGAUGCCUGAAAACGCUCUGCAACCCACCCACCCUGUGUACAAUAUUGGACCGGAUAAGGUGAUCCAGGCCACUAUGCACUUUCUGCAGAAGCCAGUCCCAGGCUUUGAAGAGCAUGAGGAUGAAGCAACAGCAGAGCCUGCCACUGACUAGAGGACACAGGCGCCAGGCUCUGUGCACACCCUCCUCCCCAGUCAGGCCGAGGCAGUCUGCGGCACAAGCCCUGGUCACUGUGGAGCUGUGAUUCUUUGUCCCUUCUUGUCAAACAAAACAAAACUGACGGAUCUGGGUUUGUGGAGAGCACAGUGGCAUGGUUUUUAAAAAUUCUUUCCGUAUCUGUAAAACCAAAAAUCUGUCAGUCCUGGCAGCCUGGUUGGGGAACAGUUCAUGCUGGGCAGAGCAGCCCCUCCCUGCCAGCUCCCCACCAGCUCUCCUGCCCUAGAGUCUUACUGAAAUGAAUGACGCCCAUGAGUGUUACAGCUUCCAGGACCAUUGCUGCGAUUCCCACCUGCAUGUCCCCAUUAAACCACCAGGAAGGUGCCCUUCUGUGGGUGGAAUAAGUCUGCUUUACACUAGGGUACUUUGGGUCCCACCAAAAUAAGUUCUCAGAAAAAAGCCAAGUUGGGUCUUCACUAGGGUGGGGCUGAGGCACUCACCUUCAGUCCUGGUCAUUUGCAAGGGAAAGAAGCCAGGUAGGGGAGAAAGACCUCCCUGAAGUGCAGGGCCCUGCCCCAACACUGGAGAACUGGCCCUAGGUGAGGUUUGGUGCUUGGAUAGGAUGUGCCUCAGCCCGAGGUGUGCUGACUUAGACCCAGGAAAGCAAUUAUGAGUGGAAAAUGAACCAUUAGUUCGACUCUGUGCCAGAGGAAGCAGCCCCACACCGCCCUCUUACCGCCCCAUCAUGAACCGUGAUGCACCCACCCCUCUGAUAGCUCCGGGGCAGCGCCCUCAGCCCCUGCCUAUCUGCCUGUUACCAUCCCUGCCAGACUUGCAGCCCACCCUCCUCCAAGACAGUGUUGUCUUCUUCACCCAGAGUAUUAACACUACUAAGUCUUUCACCUAAAUUUCUGACUCAGGAUUUACUCACGUCCUGCCCACUCCAGACUCACAGAAAUAAAAUCAAGUGGUAGACACCAGGGCUGCUGCUAAGGCAGUAGCCUGGUACCAGGCGGGCAGGGCUGUGCAGCCCACAGAGCCCUUUCUGUCAGUGGGGUGUUGAGUUAGUUCUCUGUCCACUGCUGGUCACCGCAAGCUCCACCUCCCAGACCCAGCUCCUUACUGGCUGUGGGCAGGCAGGAGCUUGGGGACGCAGCAUGAGGCUCCUCUCAAAAACUGGUCAUUUGCUGCCUCUAAUUCCCUGUUGCUUUGGCAUCUCGGGCUAUGUAUUACCUCCUUGAAAUAAAAAAGUAACAUUUUC